UCCGCUAGCAUAUGCAUUGGUCCCUGGAGAAGAUGUUGACAAUUGGGAUUGGUUUAUGCGCAAUCUUAAGAACGUUGUUGAUGACCGUCCUAUCACAUUUAUGUUUGAUCGUGGUGAAGGAUUGUUGAGGUCUAUUCCUGCUAACUUUCUUAAUUCCCAUCAUGGUUAUUGUUACUACCACUUGCAGCAGAGCUUACCAAUCAGGAAAUCAGAUGAGAAGUAUACAGAAUUUAUGGCUUGUUUCAAAAAAGCAACGUAUGCUCUCACACCAGCAAGAUAUGAAGAAGCACUUAUGGAAACAGAGUUAAUGGGAAGGGAUGGGGUUGCUAACUAUUGCCGCAAUAUUCCUAGGGAACGUUGGUCCAGCGUGUUCUUCACUGGGUGUAGAUUUGGUCAGACUACAUCAAGUGUUGCUGAGUCCUUCAAUAAUUGGAUUCGGAAAGACAAAAGGUUGCCUGCCUGCGCCCUCGUUGACAUGAUUAGGUUACGCAUUAUGGAGUUGAUGAAUGAACGUCGCGAACUGAGUGUUUUGAUGGACCCUGAGUUUCUCACUCCUACCUACCAGGCGUUACUUAAAGAACAUAUUCAAAUUGGUCGAGUUUGGAAUGUUACUCAGUCAUCUGAUUAUGUCUAUGAGGUUCAUUCACCUAGGUCUCAUACUGUUGAUCUACUGAGCAAAACUUGCACCUGUCAAAGAUGGCGUGUUUGUGGUUUUCCAUGCUAUCAUGCUACAACAGCUAUUUCUGCCAAGGGUGAUAGAUACGUAAAUUAUAUCCAAGACUACUUCAAAGUUACGAAUUUUCAGCAGUUGUAUUCAAUUGCUAUCAGACCAGUCCCUAACUACAACAUACCAGAGCAGUAUAAACCAGAGGAUACUAUUUUCCCACCCCAUCCACGAGUUCCACCAGGUAGGCCAAAGGGAAAUCGUAUCAAGAAUGCAUGAGAGAAGAGUAGGAAAUACGUCUGAUAUUCAAACUGCCACAAGAAAGCUCAUCACAACAAGGCAACCUGCACUGUUAUUCCUUCUUACCCCUGAGUUUUAAGUUUCAGUUCUCCCUGAUACUUCUAUUGGUCACAAUGCAGAUUCUGUUUGCGCAUCAUUUUAAACACUUUUGUUAGAUUUUUUA